CAUGCUCGUUCAGUAUUCGCGAUUCUCUACUCGCGCUCUAGACGCGGUCUAUAUCGAUAUUAUUAUCAUCGCAUGUUUACUUCCACCGCGAUUUUGUAUUUAAUCAACUCAUCAACACAUUCACUUUUUUUCCAUUCACGCCUAACAGUUUUAUUGUUAAUUUUAUUUAGAACAUUGUUUUCGCAACCAUCAUUUGUCACAUUAAAAUGUAAAGUAAACAAUUGUCAAGAAUAUUACAGAUCUGAGUGAAUACGUUUAAAAACUGACAGGCAAGAUUAAUUUGUCAAGAAGCAAAAAGGCUUGUCGAGCCAAGACAAGGAAACGUAAUCGAACCAAAAAAUUGGUGAAUCAAGGUGAAGAAGAGGAAGGGAAGACAAUGCAGAUGACACAAACGCUUCUUCAGGAACCGGGUUGGAAGUUGGAGAGAAAGGGGUCGUCGCUUUUUUUACGACGUGACAGCUCACACUCAAAAGCAUCACGUGUUUGCUUUAGAUGUGACGUCGAAGUACGGGAAUAUGAAAGAGAUGAGGACUAUGGGAUAGACAUGGAACAGCCGGAAGUGAGUGCUAGUCCACUGGCCAUGUGUGCAAGCUGUCUAGCUGCUCUCUGUGUCACUGUCAUUUUACCUUGGCUUCUCAUCGGUGGCUAAUCUCCAUGUCUCUUGGGAGAUCGUUAAUUGCGUGAAAACAUUUGGGAGUAAUAAUCGAUCAAUCAUUCGUGCUUGAUAUGAAAGACAACGCAUUUAUAAUAGAAUGAAAGAUAUUGAAAAAUAUGAAUGCAUGUGGACUUUUUUUUUAUUGCUUACUUUAAGAGAAAUUACAAUAAAGAUAUUUAUAGGAAAGAAUAAAAUGAACUUAGAGAAUACAAUAAUGUGGAAACAAUUAAAUAAUAAAUUGUAAAAUGAUACUUGGCUUUAGAAAUCUCUAGUUGAUGAAGCUCAGUGAGUGUAUUUGUGUUUAUAUAUGAGUUUGCGGUCCUGCGUUACGAACCGCGAAAUAAAGCGAGAGAAGGUAUUUUUGCGAGAUGAAAUAAAUGAAACUUCAAAGAUGAACUAGAGUAUAAAAGUGGUAGUGAGGAAAGGUACUCAAGCGUGUAGAUAAGAUCCUACCUAUACCAUCUCUCGUGCUUAAGGAAAUUGACAAGUCCUGUUUGAGAAAAAGUCCUUUUAAAUCAUUUUCUUUUUUGUUUAAAUUUCAUUCUUUGUUUAUCACAAUUUUUUAAUAUUCUUUAACCAUUUUUGUAAAAGAAUAAAAAUUUAUCAAUUUGGCAUUUUGAUAUUUUUAUAGCUCACAAUGGUCAUCUAGAAUUAAUAAUAGUUGAAGAGUAAAGUAUUGAAUAUUAGCGAAUUAUAAUGAAUGUAAUAGUAGCUGUCAUAGUAUUUAAAAUUCCAAAAAUCCAUGUUGACAAAAAUUUAAUAAAAUAAUCAUUUUUUUACA